CGGUAAAUAGGACCGAGGGCGGCCGGGGGGAAGCUACCUACGGCGGCUGCUCGGGCACCAACACAGCACCUCGCCGGCUGCAGGCCCAGGCUCUCGGCGGUGAAUCUAGGAUCCAGCUUCCAGAAUGUGGCGGCUCUUGGCCACCCUCAGCUGCCUGGUGGUGCUGACCAGUGCGCGGAGCAGGCUCGGUCUCCAGCCCCUGUCCGAUGAGCUGGUCCACUAUCUUAAUAAGCGGAACUCUACAUGGAAGGCCGGACACAACUUCCGCAAUGUGGACAUGAGCUACGUGAGGACUCUGUGUGGCACCAAACUGGGCGGGCCCAAGCUGCCCGAGAAAGUGUGGCUUGCUGAGGACAUAACUCUGCCUGAAAACUUCGAUGCCCGGGAACAGUGGCCAAACUGCCCAACCAUCAAGGAGAUCAGAGACCAGGGCUCCUGUGGCUCCUGCUGGGCAUUUGGAGCUGUGGAAGCCAUUUCUGACCGGAUCUGCAUCCUUACCAAUGGGCAUGUCAACGUGGAGGUGUCUGCCGAGGACCUGCUCACCUGCUGUGGCUUCCAGUGUGGAGAAGGCUGUAAUGGGGGCUUUCCCUCUGGCGCUUGGAACUUCUGGACAAAAAAAGGCCUGGUGUCUGGUGGCCUCUAUGACUCCCAUGUAGGUUGCAGACCCUACUCCAUCCCUCCCUGUGAGCACCACGUGAAUGGCUCUCGGCCCUCAUGCUCAGGGGAAGGGGGGGAAACCCCUGAGUGCAGCAAGAUCUGUGAGCCAGGCUACACCCCAUCCUACAAAGAAGAUAAACACUACGGAUGCAAGUCGUACAGCGUCCCCAGUAGUGAGAAGGAGAUCAUGGCAGAGAUCUACAAGAAUGGCCCAGUGGAGGCAGCCUUCUCCGUGUAUACAGACUUCCUGAUGUACAAGUCUGGCGUGUACCAACAUGUCACUGGAGAAAUGGUGGGAGGCCAUGCAGUCCGCAUUCUGGGCUGGGGGGUGGAGAAUGGCACCCCCUACUGGCUGGUAGGCAACUCCUGGAACACCGACUGGGGUGACAAUGGCUUCUUUAAAAUCCUCAGAGGCCAGGAUCACUGUGGAAUUGAGUCGGAGAUCGUGGCUGGACUCCCCUGCACGGACCAGUACUGGAAAAGGAUCUAACCUGCUGUGGGCCCUUCCAGCCAGCCCUGGGGCAGUGUUUUCUGAAAUGUGGCCAGUGGGGCUGGGGGUGAGAUGAGGGAUAGGAAUGUCUUUUAUUCUUUGAGUACAAAUGGGUUUUAGACAGGGCCUGAAGGACUGGAUUGGGCCAAACCUUGUGUCUACCAUGAGAGCAGUCUUCCAAGGAGACACAUCCAAGGCCUGGCUACCUCCCAGGCCACUCAGUGGACUGUUGUCACAAUGCAUUUAAACCACUGCUACAAGCAAAGCAAGUCCUUCCCCCUUAGACUAGUGCUGCUCGGCUCUUCCUGCAACCACCUCCACAUCCUUCAUCCGUCUCCAUCUGUGCAUCACCGGGGAGCAUGAUAGGCCUACAGGGUUCGGAGUUUUUCCAAAGGAAUGAAAGGUGGAUUUCCUAAUGAUAGCUUCCCACGCAUCCCACCAUCCGCAGCACCUCCAAGCAAGCAGCUUUCUAGAUUUGGAAAUAGGUUGAGAAGAGAAAUAGUGGGGCAGCCCUUUGAAAAAAAGCCACUCUCCCGGGGCCCCUGCAUCUGUCGAGCUUUGCAGUGUUGCUAACCUGCUCUGAUCUUGGCAUGAUCCUUUUUAAAUAGAAGUUUUAUUUUUGUGUGUACCUCAGCUGAUCAUGAGAAUGAAAUAGUCUAAUGUUGGAAGAGCUGUACUAGUUUUACCAACUGUCUCCUUAAAACAAACUGGGUGGUCUUGAUUUGACUGACUUACCGACCUCUUAAUACAUACAAUGAAAAUAGAGAGAAACCAGCCUUUAUUGUUUAAAAAUCACUGCUGUGCCCUAUUAAAGAAGGAAUACUGUGCCAAUAAAAGGUUUCUCCUUCAA